AGCACAGAGGGGAAGGAAUGCAUGAGCAGUUUGGUUAUUUGCUUUGGUGUUACGCAGUAACCCAAUCUUUGGGCAUUGAAACCCUUUAGAACUUUCUCUUGCCUUUUGCAGCCCGGCUUGCUUACGUGGGCAGAAAGCAAGCAGGGACCUGUGGGCUGCAGGGAGGGCUGGGAUGGCAGUGACCCCCCCCAGGGCUCUGCUGGUGCUGGGAAACUGAUGCAGAGUUCUGCCGCAUCGACAGGCCGCUGUGCCACGAUGAGGACGAGCAGCUCAGCUUCGAGGCCGUCCGCAACAUCCACAAGCAGAUGGACGACGAUGCCAACGGCAACGUGGACGUGGAGGAGAGUGAUGAGUUCUUGAGGGAGGACCUGAACUACCACGACCCCACCGUCAAGCACAGCACCUUCCAUGGCGAAGACAAACUCAUCAGUGUGGAGGACCUCUGGAAGGCCUGGAAGACCUCUGAAGUGUACAACUGGACGGUGGACGAGGUGGUGCAGUGGCUCAUUACCUACGUGGAGCUGCCUCAGUACGAGGAGACCUUCCGAAAGCUGCAGCUGAGCGGACACGCCAUGCCCAGGUUAGCGGUGAACAAUGCCACCAUGAUGGGGACUGUGCUGAAGAUGACAGACCGCAGCCACAGGCAGAAGCUGCAGCUGAAGGCUUUGGACACUGUGCUCUUUGGGCCUCCUCUCUUGACGCGGCACAACCACCUGAAGGACUUCAUGCUGGUGGUGUCCAUCGUCAUCGGGGUGGGCGGCUGCUGGUUUGCCUACAUCCAGAACCGCUACUCCAAGGAGCACAUGAAGAAGAUGAUGAAGGACCUGGAGGGCCUUCACAGGGCUGAGCAGUCCCUCCACGACCUGCAGGAGAGGCUGCAGAAGGCUCAGGAGGAGCAUCGCUCCGUGGAGGUGGAGAAGGUGCACCUGGAGAAGAAGCUGCAGGAUGAGAUCAGCAUCGCCAAGCAGGAGGCGCAUCGGCUGCGGGAGCUGCGGGAGGGCACCGAGAAUGAGCUGAGCAGGCAGAAGUAUGCAGAGCAGGAGCUGGAGCAGGUCCGUAUGGCUCUGAAGAACGCCGAGAAGGAGCUGGAAUCACACUGCAGCUGGGCUGCCCCUGAGGCCCUGCAGAAGUGGCUGCAGCUGACCCACGAGGUGGAGGUGCAGUACUACAACAUCAAGAAGCAGAACGCGGAGAAGCAGCUCCUGGUGGCCAAGGAAGGGGCUGAAAAAAUCAAGAAGAAGCGCAACACUCUGUUUGGAACGUUCCACGUUGCUCACAGCUCAUCCCUGGAUGACGUGGAUCAUAAAAUCCUGACUGCAAAGCAGGCACUGAGCGAGGUGACGGCGGCGCUGCGCGAGCGCCUGCAUCGCUGGCAGCAGAUCGAGCUGCUCUGCGGCUUCCAGAUCGUCAACAACCCCGGCAUCCACACGUUGGCGUCCGCCCUCAACAUCGACCCCGGCUGGAUGGGCACCCCAAGGCCCAACCCGUCCCACUUCAUCAUGACCGACGACGUGGAUGACCUGGAUGAGGAGAUCGUGUCUCCCAUGUCCAUGCAAUCUCCUGCUUUGCCCAGCACCGUUCGCCAGCGCCUGGUGGACCCCCAGCACGGCCACGGAUCUCAGAGGUUGGUAGAGAGUUACGUGCACAGCCAGCAUGAGCCGGGCCAGCCUGCCCAGCACCCGGCGGGCCGAAUGUCCCUCCGUCGAAUGCACAGCAUCUCCUCCGGACACUCUUUCAGUUCCGACCUUCCCGGCACCGCUCCGGCAUCCACCGCAGCCACCUCUUGCUCUUCAUCCGCCACUCCUGCACCUGCUUCCCAUGUCCACCCUCUCUAUCACCAUCACACCACCUCUUAUUUCCUUCAGAUGGACUCCAACCCCGAUCUGCCCCCUCCUGAUGUCACCUCUGGAGCUCGCUGUGGCACUGAGAGCUUUGGAGACCUGACGCGCUGCGACUCCGAGUCUUCCAUCCCCCACCUGAGCGAAGCGCAGCGCCUGCCCAGCGCCGCUCCCAAGCUGUUGGCCGCCCGGCCCGCUCUGCUCACCCGCUCCAUCGAGGAUGCCGUCCCCGGGCACACCCCAAACGGAGGCAGCCGACACGCGGAGCCCCCCGGGCCGGAGCGGCCGUCCGAGAGCCCGUCGGUGAUGAAGAAGAUGAUGAUGGUGAACCACGGCAUGGAGAAGUCCUCCAGCCUGGGGGAGAUCGGCCACCCGGCGGCCUCCAAGCACAGCCACUCGGAUUCCUCGCGGUCGCACAGCCCCAGCUCCACCGACCCCGACACCCCGUCCCCCAUCUCUGACUGCCGGCCCAACAGCUCCAAGAGCACCCGCAUCCCGCAGCUGGCUGCCAAGAAGAGCGCAGGGGAUGAGGACGGCAGCCUGACGGGCGACGAGGUCGACCCGGGCCAGAGCAAGAAAAAGUUCCCCUUAAAGAUCUUCAAGAAGCCCAGGAAAUAGGAGGGGAGGGCGGAGGAACCCCACGGAGCGACCCGCUGGCACCGGGGGAGCGCGCCCGGCCCCGGCCGAUGGGAGCCGCGUCCCCGCGGUGGGAGGAGCUAUUUAAACUUAUUUAUUGGCCGGGCUGAGCAGCCCGAAGUCAGCCGCUCCCCCCGGAGGCGACAGCCGCCCUGUCUCACCCCCCGACCUUCCCCACCACCCCACCACCCCCCCCCCCCGUCGCUGUAGUCCCCGGCUUUGCUGUGCAUGGCUUCCAGUUAUCCGCCUCCGCUCGGCCGCACGGCAUUUGGGUUUGGUUUCAAUGCGGUUUUUAUUUGUAUUUUAUUUUAUCUUAUUUUAUUUUUAUUUUAUUUUUCUAUUUUUUACCUUUUCUUUCGCGGUUCUGCUGCCUCUGCCGCCCGGUCGGGGCGCUGGGGGGGGUCGGGGGGGGCUGGAUGCCCUCCUGGCUCCCGAUGGGCAGAGCACGCCGAGCCCCUCCCCGUGGUGCUGCGCUGCCCGGCGCCGUUAUCCCGCUCACACCCCAGCAGUGCUGCCCGUUGGGGUCAGCGGGGGUGGGGUUGGGGCACGGCAGCCCCCACUGCCCAUAGCUCCGUGUGUCUGCCCGGAGAGGGCCGCGUCGGGCUCAGCUUCAGGGCUGGGGGCAGCGCAGGUGGGUGGCCGCGCUGUGGGGUGGGCUGCGCGCCCCCUAAGUGUGGGCGUAUGGGGUGAGCGGAGGCCCGAUGGGUGCCUGAGGCUGCCGGAGCCGCGGUCCGGCUCUGCUCGGGGCGCCCACUGCCCUGCCCUGCCCACACAGCGCCGCUCUGGGGGGGCUGCUGUGCCCCAGGGCCGACCCAGACCCGCUGUGCGCAGAGGGGAGGGGAGGGCCGGGAUGCCGGCAGCCUUCGGGGCCGUGCUUUGUGCCAGAUAACGUAUCCACAUACAUUGCCAAUAGGGGAAGGGCUGUCGAGGUGUUUUUCGUGCCGUAGGUGGUAGUUAGACAAUGACACUGUUGCUUCGAGAUAAGUGAAUAUUUCCUCUCUCAAUGACUUUUAAGUGCCUGCAGUGCCCAACGCUGCGCUCCGGGCGCUGCUCCCGGAGGAGGGGUCGGAGAUCCACGGAGCGGAACUGGUGGUGACGCCUCUGCCAACUCGAUCUAUUUGAUUUUAUUUUUGGGUCAUUUCAUAAAGACUUUGAAAUCCAAUAAAGCAUGUAGUCUAUUUUA